AUGGAUUUUGAUGAAAGUUACGAUGUCGUGGUUAUCGGAGGAGGUAAUGCCGGAUUCUCGGCGGCCAUCACCGCAGCGCAGGCCGGCGCUCGGGUCUGCCUGCUUGAGAAGGCGCCCUUCGAGGACGCCGGGGGUAAUACGUUUUACACGGCCGCUGCGUUCAGAUGCUGCUUCGACGGCUUGCAGGAUCUGCUGCCCAACCUGUUCCAACCCGACGGCACGAAAGGCCUCCCGCGAGAUCUUGUUGAGAAGAUCGAGAUGGCUCCUUAUACGGAAUCGGACUUCCAUGCGGACAUUAAUAGGGUUACGAAAGGAAGAGCAGACCCGGCGCUUGCUGAUGUCCUCGUGGAGAAUUCGAGAGAAGCGGUUCAGUGGCUGAUGGAUCUCGGAGCCAAGUUCACACUUUCGUUCAAUCGACAAGCUUUUGUUGUGGAUGGCAAGUAUAAAUUCUGGGGAGGAAUGGUCUUGACCAUGGCGGGUCAAGGAAAGGAAUUAUUCGAGUUUCACUUGCAUGCUGCUAGGAAACAUGGUGUGAAUGUUCAUUUCGACUCCCCGGCAGUUGAUCUAAUAGCUGAUCCUUUAACAAACGGGGUAAUCGGUGUCAAGGCCUUUAGGGAUGGAAGCCUGAAGACCAUUGGCGCCCGGGGGGGUGUUAUAUUGGCCUGCGGUGGCUUCCAAGCAUCUCCGGCCUUACGCGCCCAAUAUCUUGGUCCUGGUUGGGAUUUGGCUCACGUCCGAGGGUCCAAAUACAACACCGGCGACGGCCAUGCGAUGGCCAGAAAGCUUGGGGCUAAGCUGGAGGGGAACUACUCGGGUUGCCACUCUGUCGCUUGGGACGCCAAUUCGCCCAUUGCGUCCGGAAGCCGCGUAUUGACUAACAGAUACACCAAAUCGGGCUACCCUCUCGGUAUUAUGGUGAACGUCGACGGCAGACGGUUUGUGGACGAAGGCUUUGACCUGCGCAAUUUUACGUAUGCCGUUUAUGGAAGAGAGAUCUUGAAGCAACCUCAGGGUAUAGCCUUCCAGAUUUGGGACGCGAAUGGCAGUAGGUUUCUGCGCGAGGAGGAAUACGCAGACGACGUGACUGUAAACCUGAGGGCCGGAACGCUCGGCCAACUUGCCGACAUCCUCGUAAAGAGGGGGUUGAAAGACAAGGCACAACUUCUCGAAACGAUUGCCGAAUUUAACGCCGCUUGUAAAAGCUUCCAGAAGGAAUGCCCGCCCGGAGCUAGGUUCGACCCGACCGUAAAAGAUGGCAUGUCGACACAGGGCAAGUCGAAAUCACUUGGGAUUGGCAAGACCAACUGGGCUUUGCCCAUCGAGCGUGGCCCGUUCCAGGCGGUAGAGGUGACGUGCGGCAUUACGUUUACUUUCGGUGGACUAGCAACUACACGUUCCGCCGAGGUCGUGAGCGAGGCUACCUUUCGGAAGAUAGACGGCCUCUAUUGCGCGGGUGAGCUACUGGGGGGACUCUUUUGGGAUAAUUACCCCGGUGGCAGUGGUCUAACCAUGGGCACUGUCAUGGGUAGGAUAGCAGGAAGAGAAGCUGCUGGUAGGAUAAAGACUUGUCAUCCUGGUGACGGUUCGAUACGAAAUAGUUAA